AUGCGUAUUAUGCAUAUGUGGUGGCACCUGAAGAUGCUGAAGCGAGCUGGUCGGGGCCAUGAUCCAGGUGGUGUGCGAGCGACCACUCCUGGGUCUUGCGUGGUUCUUUGCCCGGCCUGUCCCCACCCUGGAAAGAAUUUGCGUCCAGACUGGGAGGAAGCUCCAGAGAAUGAGAAAUGGUUGUACCAGCUGUUUAUUGGGCUCAACGCAAAUUUCCGCCUCAAAUGCAAGAAGGUUUCCUCAGACAGUGUUGAUCCCGGGCUGAAUCACGGCUACGCCUACUUCGUAGAGGAAAGGGCAUACAAGGAAUACCUCAGCAUAUACGACUCUCUUGUGACGGAAGAGCAGAGUAUGUGCAACAACCAUGAUGCUGUCAAGUUAGCCAAUAUGAGGGGCUCGGUCACAGGUACAGCUGCAAGUGGUGUCGGUGCCGUGACGUGUACACGGCAUGAUAUGAGGCUGCCUUGCAGUGUCAGUGAUCUCCAGAAGGGAGAAUGGUAUGUCAACAUGGAUUACAUGUUCUUCUCGACCUUGGCCAAUGUCCCAUCAAAGGAUGUUGUCAUCUCCUAUGACAUCGCUUGUCAGUGGCAUAAAAACUUGUGGAAAUGGUACCAGCUCUACAAAUCUUGCCCAUUCAAGAAAGAUGAUCACGACUUUGUCUUCCUAAUCCCGAAAUUCCAUAUCAAUGCCCAUCAGAAGUCAUGCCAAGAUAAUUACUCAUUUCACCACACCUUGCAUGUUGGUGAGAUGGACGGUGAGGGUGUCGAGCGACCAUAUUCAGACUCGAACCUAUAUUCCUCAAGUACAAAGGAGAUAGGCCCCGGUUCACGAUGCAAUUUCCUGGAUGAUGCGUUCACAGAUUAUAAUUGGAGAAAAGUUUGCGGAAUGCCCACACUUUUUUUGGUGAAGAUUAAAGCUGCAUUACCUGAGCACAAUAAACAAGUCUUGGCAUUUGCAGAACUUAACGAUGCGAUGGUGCUGGAGGAUUGGAACUUAUGGAGAAACACUGUCAAAACAUGGGAGAAGGACUCAUCCAAACUGAACCCUGUUGUUGCGACCUGUCCUACGGUGACUCAAGUGGCUGUGCACCUGCAGUUAGCCAAUGAGGAGGCUGUGGAGUUAGAGAAUGGUGUGCAAAGUGGGAUGGUGCAUGACCUGGUAUCCCCAAGCGUGAUGAUAAUGGCCGGAAUCGAGCUCCAGGAACAGCAAUAUCACCUUCGGCACGACAUAGUGACCCUCGGGGCACAUUCCACAGAUCUCCAAUGUGCCAAGAUGAUUGAGCGGUGA